UUCUGUUGCUCUUUUGCUGCCUUGAGGAUCCAGAGGAAUUGUACUGCCCAUCUAUUCCAAGCAUUGAAGUCACGUGGGCCAAGGAAACCUUUUACUAAACCAUGAUCAGCAUGCCAGCCAACAGCUUCUUCUUAAAAUAAAACUGCCACUGAAGAGCAGCAACAUUGAGGGGGGAAGAAGACUAAAUUCUAGCUAAGAAAACAGAACCCAUUUUCCAGCCAAGAUGUCGGACAGAAGCCCCUUUGAGACAGACAUGUUAACCCUUAACCGAUUUGUCAUGGAGAAAGGGCGACGGGUCAAAGGGGCUACCGGAGAGCUGACCCAGCUGUUGAACUCGACGCUCACCGCCAUAAAGGCCAUCUCUUCGGCUGUCCGAAAGGCAGGCCUCGCCCAUAUGUUUGGAAUAGCUGGCAGUGUGAAUGUGACUGGUGAUGAACAGAAGAAGCUUGAUGUGUUAUCGAAUUCUCUGGUUAUCAACAUGCUACAGUCGUCCUACAGCACGUGUGUCCUGGUCUCAGAGGAGGAUAAAGAAGCUAUUAUCACUCCCAAAGAAAAGAGGGGUAAAUAUGUGGUGUGUUUCGAUCCACUAGAUGGCUCUUCCAAUAUAGACUGUUUAGCUUCGAUAGGAACAAUCUUUGCUAUCUACAAGAAGACAUCAGAAGAUGAGCCUUCUGAAAAAGAUGCCUUACAACCUGGACGGAACAUUGUUGCAGCAGGCUAUGCCUUGUAUGGCAGUGCUACACUGGUGGCUCUUUCGACAGGGCAAGGAGUGGACUGCUUCAUGCUGGAUCCGGCUCUUGGUGAGUUCAUUUUGGUGGAAAAAGAUGUGAAAAUCAAGAAGAAGGGGGAAAUCUACAGCCUUAAUGAGGGUUAUGCCAAGUACUUUGAUCCUGCAGUGACAGAAUAUUUACAAAAGAAGAAAUUUCCUGAGGAAGGCACUUCUCCCUAUGGAGCCAGAUAUGUAGGUUCUAUGGUGGCUGAUGUUCACCGUACCCUGGUCUAUGGUGGGAUCUUCUUGUAUCCAGCUAACCAGAAGAGUCCGAAAGGAAAGCUCCGGCUCCUCUAUGAGUGCAAUCCCAUUGCUUUCAUUAUUGAGCAGGCAGGAGGGAUCGCUACCACCGGGACAGAGGCAGUGCUGGACGUGAAGCCAGAGUCUAUCCAUCAAAGAGUCCCUUUUGUUGUUGGUUCUCCGGAGGAUGUUCAAGAGUACCUUGCCAUCGUGCAGAAACACCAGAAAAGCAGCUAAUGGCCCUCAGAUGUUUCCCAUCCACCUGCCUUUUCACUGUAAACUGGGGAAAGAAUGAUGUUGAAAAGUGGGGAGAGGCUCUACCAUGUUGACAGCAAUAGAAAAAGGCUUUAUUUUAUUUUUUAUAAAA